UUCGUUAUUUACACUAUAUCAUGCAUUAAGUACUGACGUUUCAAUCGUAAAUAUGAAGUUGUUUAUUUUAAUAAACCUAGUGUGUAUGGUGAGCUGUGAGUGUGAUAAUUACGCGUCGUGUUUAAAUAUAUUCGUUAAUAAUUUCUUCAAGAACGUCAAUUAUUUUGAACCGGUACAAACAACAGACGAUACACUUGAUUUCAUAGAUUUUGGCAAAGAGAACAUAAACAAAAUACUAUCUGGUGUGUCUGGAUUUUUAAAAGACGAAGUAAAAGGUACAUUGGAUUUAGAUACAGAACAUCACUCGAUAACUCAAAAUAACGGUACGAAGAUUUUUAUUAAAACAUUCGUUAUCAACGAGGAACCUAACUUCGACUUGGAAGACGCCAUUUUUGAUGAUGCAUAUCUUAAUGAAUCUAAUAAAGAGACCGAUGAACAAAUAAGUAAAAAUGUCGAUAGCACAGAAGAUGUUAAAAUAAAUGAUUCAGUAAGUACUGAAAACAUACCUAAAAAAAUUAAUUCUACAAUAGAAAAAACAACACAAUCACCAAAACAUAUAGAAGAAAACGAAAUCCCAGAUGUAGAUUAUAAUUUCGACGAUAAUUCCACAGACUAUUCAAACAUAGAUUAUAUUGAAUUAUAUAAAGAUACGACAAACGAAUACAUUGGAUUUACUACAGAAGCCCAGAUAAAAGAUACCGGAGACAAUAAUAAAAUAAAAUCACACGCUAACAAUAGGAAUAAAACUUAUUACCACUCAGACUCCUGUCCAGGAGGAACGAGCGAUGACGUCACAACCGUGUACACCUGGAUAGCCGCCAUCUUUAUUAAAAAUGGCACCGAUCAGUUUCAAUAUUACUGUGAUGGUGCUAUACUAUCUCCGAACGUUAUUAUAACAGCGGCAAGAUGUGUCAAUUUCACCACUGCUGAGGACAUCCUUGUUAUACUGGGAAAGACUUCGCUGCAACAAAUAUUCGAUUCGGAGAAGAUGAUAAAGAUAAAAGAAGUAAUCAUACAUGAAAAUUUCACGAACACGAACGACGAUCUAGCGAUACUGAAGACUGAAGAUGCGAUAGAAACAUCAGAGACGAUAUCCAUUGCUUGUUUGUAUGAUAGCGAUGAAUACACUGAAGCUUUGACUACUGGCUGGGCGAUAUCUGGCAACUUAACAGCUAUUGAUUUUUAUAAGGACAAGAGUGAAGAAUGCUCUUCAUCAAGCAGUAUUUGCGGCGUUUAUCGAAAUGAUAUAACCCAUUGUCCCAGUUUUGGUGGUAUUUUCGCGGCAAAACACAAGGGAUGGUACCUCAAAGGCAUUCGGAGUACGGAGGACGAAAACCGUACUAUGUGCAUACAUGCCCCUGUGUACUAUACACCUUUGUAUAAUUAUGUAGACUGGAUAAGGAGUGUUUCCUAAAUAGAUUAUUUUGUAUUGUGGUAAUUUUUUUCAAAUGA